AUGAAAAUUUUAAUAAUUUUGAUAUUCGUCUCAAUUUUGGCGACGCAAGCUGCUGAACUUGUACCCAACUCGGCGACUACACGGAACAAUAACAAAGUACGCUAUUUGGAGGCUGGUGAAAUCUACAACUACGAACCCUUGCGACGCGGCCGUGGCUUCUUCGAACGGGAUCUGCGUACCUAUUGCUACAAGGGCGAGGAAAGAACACUGAGGCGUCUUUUCGAAACUGUCGAGCUGAUUUUAGAAAUUGAAGGUGACGAUUAUACCCAAUAUGAUGGUGCAACACCGGAGGAAGUGCAACAACACUACGAUGAACAUCGUUCCCUGUUCAGCUUCAAUUUGUUUAGUCAGAAACGUGCUCGUCUAUCUCUGUCACCGUUCGUUUCCAGUUGUAUGGGCAUUGAAACGAUUGAACCCUAUCGUAUACGUUUACAUAAGGUACGCGUUGAUUUCUGGCGUGUCCUUCAAUUGAUAAUUGGUUGUUUGGUAUUCCAAUAUGCGGGGAAAUUAUCGCAUAAUUCCCUUUUUUAUUAUAUUACUGGUGUAGCUUUGGGUAUAUGUUCAUCAUUUAUGCUGCUGAUAUGGUUGUCAAGCAAACUUGUACCAAGACGUACCAUGAUGUAUGGUGUAUUGAUUGGCGGCUGGACCAUUGGUUUAUAUGUCAUACAAAUGUUGUGGGAAAAUCUGCAAGUCAUUAUUGUGACCUAUCGCACCUAUGUCUUUUGGUAUAUUUUAAUAACUGGUGUUGUUUCCUUCUUCUUCUGCUAUCGUUGGGGACCGCCGACAAAUAAACGUUCCAAAAAUAUUAUCAAAUGGCUGUUACAAUUGAUGUCGCUACUGCUCAUUUAUUUGUCCAGUUAUUAUGAGGAGGCAACUGCAGCAAUAAUUAUAAUUACCAUCGUUUUGCAUUACUUCCCACGCUCUCUAUGGUAUAAAUGUCGUGCUUUCUGGUUGCGUAAAUUUCCACCCAAACGUCGGCUGCUUACCAACGAAGAAUACUAUGAACAGGGAGUGCGUGAGACAACCAAAGCUUUGGAAGAAUUGCGGCAAUAUGCUAGCAGCCCCAAUUGUAAUCAAUGGAGGGUUAUGUGUAAGCUACGUGACCCCUUACGUUUUGCCGCCUUUGUUGAGGGUGCCUCUCACUUGCGCGAUGAAGAAAUUUUACGUUUUGAAUCGUCCAAAUACGAUGAAGAUGAUGAUAGCAAUGAUUCAGAUAUUAUAUUGGAGGAUAGUGAAAGUGAAGAACAUAAUCACCAUACUUACAAUAAAUCACGUCGUUCUACUUCGCGCCAACCUUUACAAGAUGAUAUUAGCGAAGAUGAAGAUUAUAAUAAUGAUGGUGAUAACAUAUCUCGAAGUGGAACACCACAAAAUAGCAGUAGAUUACGUUAUAGUCUAGGAGCAUCUACCUCAUCAGCUGGAAGACAAAGAGCUGUAGGACGUCAUUUAACACCAAUAAAUUCUGUACACAAAACAACAACACGCUCAAGUGUAACAAGAUCCGCAAGUAGAAUAUCAAGACGCGAAGAACGUGAUGAAUUCAGUGAUUAA